CUGCGUCUGGUCGGCAUCAAUAAAUUCACAAGUAAAAUCCCUUGACCACAGUCACAGGAUCGUGCGACUUGGCGUACGAUUAGUUGAUGAACCAGAUAGCUUGGUUUAAAUUUAGUGUCUAACCUACUUACAAUUAGUCCACCUUAAAGCAAUAAUUUGUGCGCAGACUUAUAUGCAAACCCUGAAAUGACGUAGUCGCGCAAUUUCGCGCUUUUAAAAUAUUUAGAAUAGAAUAUCGAUAAAAUUAAUGAUGAAAAUAUAAAGUAAUUUUUUUCAGGUAUCGAUAAAACUCUUUUCACGAGGGUCAUUGUUUCUUAUUUUUGUAAAACUGCGAAUUCGAUUGUUAGGUUUUUAAAAAUUAAAUUAAAACCUGAUUAGGUGAAUGGGUUUGAUAUUUAACUUAGAUUAGUAAUUACACUAACUUAAAGACACAAGGGUUGCGAUAGCAUAGGAUUUCGGUAUAACUCUGAGUAGGGGAAAGUAUAAAUUCUAGGUCAAGGACGAUAGUCCUUCCCCUUUAUUUCCGUUUAUACAAUGCCGAAGUUGCGUAGAGUUCUACAUAAUGUAUAGCUGGAUGUCAAGUCAAGACCCUCGUUGGUGGUAUUUCGCCAUAUCUCAAAGUAUAGGAUGACUAAACUAACUACAGUGAAACACAUAUUAACUCCAAAACUACCUUUGCUUUGCCACUGCGCAGCAUAUAUACAUACGUACUACAUAAAAUAUCUGCACCUUCUAAAUGGUUCAGGUGCUCCAGUCACGCCAUAAGGUUUGCCGGUGCAAGACGCUUCAAUUUUCUUGUCUUUGCGACAAUAGAAAGAAAGAAAAAGAAAAGAAAUACUUAUACAAUUUCGUAGGGCUAUAAACUAGAAAACUAAAUACGAUAUAACAACCACAAUUCAACGUAAUCUUAAUUAAAAAAAAUCAACGCAGGCGCCGAUUAAAAUAAAUUUUCAUACAAUAAUGCGAUGGGUGAGACUAAAAAAAAGGACAAGCCAACUAAAAGACGCAGGCAGCUCUGUGGGCUCGGCAAGUCCUCGUCUGACUCUGAGAUAGCGAAAGGGAAGGGUUUAAAAAAGGAGCGAUGGCCAUUCCCCCAGAGUCUUACGGUGGACGAGCUCGCUCGUUAUCGUCGAAGAAAGAUUCAAGGUCGUCCCAAGGACAGUUUAUGCAGAACGGAAGGAUCCCUCGGGAACAUCAUCACGGAGUAUCGAAGAGCGUUUCGUGCUAGCAGCGAGGACGUUUCAAAGUUUCAGAGGGACAGAUUACCUGCGGUUCGAUCGGAGAAGCGUUUGAAAGGACUAGAUGAUGGGAGUCUUGAAACGAAAUUUUUACUCGACGAAGAACAACGUCCGACUUGGGGAAUCGAAACGAGAGCGAUAAAGGAUCGGACGAAGAUCAGAGGGACGGCUGGUAAUUUUCACAUAGCGGAUCCCAACGAUUCGGUCAUGGAAUCGACGACCGAAAGCUCGAGAUUCAUACCCCAUUUAAACGCUCCUGGUCGUCCACCGCUGAUAAGGAGGGGUACGAGUAUAAAACGUGAGGGAAAAUUCAGCGGCGAUACUGAACAGCUGUCUCGUUACGUGGCCCACGAGGGUAAUCAUCGGGCGGAAUUAGCGAGGCGACCCACAUCCCUAAAAAUGGAAGGUGAUAUGACCACGACCUCGGAGAAUUGCGAGAAAUUUAUCGAAUGGCUAAACGUGAGCCGACCGGAAUUAGUCAGACUACCGACCCACCUGAAAUUGGAAGGUGAUCUCGAAACGUCGACGGAAAAUCACGAGAAAUAUGUCCCAUUCGUAGGGGCGCGAAGACCCGAAUUACUGAGGCAAAACGCUAAUUUAAAAAUGGAAGGAGAGUCGAGGUACCUACCGGAAUACUCGGAGGUAUUUAAGGACCACAAUGUCAGAGGUAGGAAUAUCAAGGCAGAUCAGCAAUUGUUACCCCCGAUAUCGAUGCACAUUUUAAUCGUAGGUAGAAGAAUGCCGAGAAAACCAGAAACUCAUCUAAGAACGGAGGGUAAUUUUUACAACACGACCGAAACGUCGGAGCAAUUCGUCGAUCCGCGAAUUUUGGACGUCAAUUCUGUUAGCGGCGUUCAAAAAUUAGACUCCGAAGGUGAGGAGGAAUCGGCUGAGAAUUUGGAAGGAAACGUGGAUAACGAUUUCGUGGAACGUCUCGGGAUGGAUAACGACGACCUCAAAGGACCGCCGCUCGAAAUUCCGGAGUACAGAGAUGCGUUCAAGGACUUUCCGAGAGAAAGACCCAAACUGAUGAAACCCGGUGAUGAAAUCGGCAGAUCCGACGGUUCUAAAAUUCCGUCGUCACCGGCGCGGUCCAAAUUCAAUACAAAAAUCGACAUGGAUCCGGAAUACAAGUCGAAAUUCUUGGAUUUUGCCAAGGAAUCUCCCGUCUACCGGAAACCGCCUCUGGCUCUGCGUCCCUCGGGUCCAGCGGGCAACCUGAGUUACUGCAACAGUCUGGAUAGGUUGAGCAGCAGAAAUUUAAACGGUUUCAAUCCGUCCCGAAGCGGUCAAAGAUCGGCGGUUUCGGGAGCAGGAAAUGUAUCGAGAUUUUACGAGGCUACGAGUGAAGUAAAAUCCCAGUACGUUCCGUACGGAAAUAUACCGAGGGUGGAAUCUAUAAAGAUGCCGGCCAAUUUACAACUCGAAGGUAACAUCGACCUCCAACCGGAAUACAGAAAUGCAUAUUGCACGAAAAGAAGUUAUCACGUACCUUCCGGAGGCGAACCUAGGAUGCAUCGUAGACGCGAAAGGAGCUCCAGCGAAUCCAGGCGCAGGGAUAAUUACUGGACGGAUAAUAACAACCGUGAAAAUUUCGGGCGCAUCAACGCCGGCGAGGAUCAAGACGCGUUCCAGAUCCUGAACACCAGAGUUCACGAGGACAGCGUCGUCGGGAAACCUCCUUCUGGAACGAGACGUACGUCGCUCGUCCAGCGUUCGACGAGUCAUGCGGAUGUGUCGGCCGUCGAGGAUCCUUCGCUCCUUAGAAAACGUUCGCCGAGUCCUACGUAUCGUUUGCACGUGUGCAACGUCGACGACGAGCCCAGAGGGUUCGGUCGAGGUAAUCAAAAGCAGUCGAACGAAUCGCGUGGCUCUGCGGGGAGACCUUCGGAUUUCAAUAAUCUGAAUAACAACGACACAGAUAAUUACGUCAGAAGAUCCUACUCGCCGAGUUUCGGAAGAGCGUCCGGCAUGGAUCCGACUUCCAAGUCCUUCGUGGUGCUCGACAACGAAAAUCGUCAAAAGAAGGGAAGUGCAGUCGGACGGGAACCAGCGGGUAUCAGAUACGGACCAACGGUGGAUUACAGUCACAGGAGAAAUCGAAUUCCGCCUAGUGGAAACAAUAAUAAAAACUUUAAUAACAUUCCCGGAAAUACAAAUGAUCGGGAUAUUAGACCAAGAAAUAGAACACCACCGAACUGGAUGCGACCCUGGUACGACAGCGCUGGCGAAUGAAUUUCUAGAAAUGAUUUUCUUCUCGUUUAAUUUUCGUAUAUUUUCAAUUAGAAGAAUGAAAGUUUUUACACGUACCACGUCCUUUUUCUCAACGCUGAUUUAACUCUUGACUUUCCUAUAUGAUCGCUGCGUAAGUGCCAAAUAGGGAAAAAGUUGUUCUAUCUUCAUGAAAGAAGACUUCGUCAACUCGAUAUUAUCUGGAAAAUAAAUAUUAACAUUUUAAUUUUAUUCUCUUCUCGCAUACCUAUACACACAUGAAAAUCGAAUAGGCAUGAGAAGUAAAAAAAUCCAUUUUAACAAUUGGAUAACAGUUUAUCAAAUUAUAGAAAAUGAAAGAAGAAAAAAUAUAUGCUUAUUAUACUUAUAUACUCAGAAGCAGGUAUGUAGAUACUUGGGUAGAGAUUUUUUAGAAGCUUUUACAUAGCUGAUAGACUGUUGUUUUAGUCUAAAAAUAUACGUACAUAUAGUAUAUUUUAAUCCGAUUAUAAAGCCUGAUACUUCCAUACAUAAAUUUAUAACAGAUAUUCGCAAUAAGAAUCCAUGAAAAAGAAAGUGAAGAAAAGAAAGGAUUUGAAACCGCAACAAAAGAAAUAUUAUACUGCCAACAUUAAACAUAAAUGAGUAGACAAUAUUAAGUGAGAGAAAGGCCAUAAUUAAAUUUCGCGUCAACAUAUUAGCUGUGGAUCUAGAAUAUUAUAGAUUUUUGUUAUUUUUUAAUCGUUAGAUAUUUAUUACCAUAUAGUAUAUCGUAUGUAUCAUUAUUAUAGCAUGCUUAUUUAUUUAUAGCAGAUAAUUAUACAUGCUAUAAAAAAUCUCAUUGAUAAAUCUGUUACGUUAUCUGAUAUAAUUGUUGUGAAAAAAGAGAAAUAAAUAAAUGAAAUUUUAGAAUUAGCUAGUCGCAGAAUAUUAAUAAUUAUUUUGAAAACUCGAAUUCGUCGUAGUAGAUUCAAUUGCCAAUGAUCAGGCGCAGACGUUGUUGCUUUACGAGCGAUACAGCUGCGGUUGUUUAUCAACGAUUUGCAUGAUCAUAUCGUCACGUAUGUGUAAAGAAAAAAAAAUCCGGAAAGCUCGAUACGAGAUUUUAAUGCGACAAAGAAUUUCAUUUCAAGGUUUUUUCCAGAGGGGAUAUCAACAAUGGCACGCCUCAUAUUCAUCUGUCAACGUAGAGGACUUGUGCAUUAUUUCUUUGCGAAUGCACUUAUUGUUGGUCGAUUUUUGCGGUAAUUUAUAAUUAUUUUUGUUGUCACCCAAGAAACUUGGUUGGAGCCGCUCCUGAGAUCUCUGGAAGUACAACACAAGCACAUUCGCAUAGAUACACACUUUUAAAAUCCAUUGCCACUCAGCUGCUGUUAAACUUCUAUACAUGGAAGGUUUUAAAGCAGGCAGACCGCGCACACACAGACGACAUUUAUUAAAGCGGGGCAGCCAGAUUGUUCAGCGGAUCUCGAAUCACUUGCUAGAUUGAUAUUUUCCAUACAUUAUUUAGGCUAACGUUUCACGGUGUAGAUCUACACAUCUAAGAGUUAAGUGUAUCUAACAACGUUGUCAGCAAUCUAAGAACAGUGUG